ACACACAGACCGGAAUGAAUAUGAGGAAGUGACUUCUUAAUUAUCACAGGAAGCAGACACUGAAUUAUUUUUCAAAAGCAGCUCAUGAGAUACUUUGACAGAUGAUAGUGAGACCAACAGAGAAGAAUUAUGGUUGAAUUCAGAUGGAUUACUUUUUCUUUAUUUCUGAUGCUUGUGUUUCAUUUUCCAGCAGCAACUUGGACAUAUUCUUCCUUCAAUGCCAGAGUUGGAGAUGAAGUUACUUUGUCUUGUGAAAAUAUGAUAGAUGAUCAGGAUAAGUGUGACAGUAUUAACUGGGUCUUUGGUGAUACAAGAAAAAUAGUAACGCUGUUUGAACGUGGGCAGAUUCACAGAGUCAACACUAAAUCAGACAGACUGAGUGUUACACAGAACUGCUCUCUGGUUGUGAAAAAUGUCACAGUUGAGGAUGCUGGUUACUACACCUGCAGACAGUUCAUAUCAGGAAAACGUCGAGAUGCUCAUGUUUAUCUGUCUGUUCUUACCAGUAAGGCUGCAACAACGACAACUACAAUAUCGGCAACAACGAUUAAAUCAACACCGACAACAGGAAAUAUAUGGACAACAAUGCAAAUGAACACAUUAGAAGGGACAAAAGAGACAGCAUCUACAAACAAACAUAAUGAAACAAAACAAGGUGAUGCUGCAACAAUGGCAACUACAAUAUCACCAACAACAAUGAAAUCAACAUCAACAAUAGGAAAUAUAUGGACAACAGUGAAAAUGAGCACAUCAGAAGGGACAAAAGAGACAGCAUCUGCAAACAACAAUAAUGAAUCAAAACAAGUGUGGUGGCAGUUCGUCAUUGUGUUUGUGGCACUCUCAGCACUCUUAAUAAUCCUUCUGGUUGUCACCAGAUGGAAUAGAAAUAAAGGAAAAAAAAAACAGAUGGAUGAAAACAUGGAGCAUAAUGACAAAGAUGAAGAUGAUGGCAUAGUGAACUAUGUAAACGUUGGAGACCCUUCUGUCUCUGUCAGACUCUAAUGAUCAUCAACAUCAACUCACCAGAGAAAUGAGCCCACUGCUGUUAAAUGUCCUAAGUAGACCACAGACUCUUAACAUCAGUUUAAGAUUUUGGAUGACUGAAUGUUAUUUUUAUUUAUCGCCAUGUGUACUUUACUUUGAGCUGGACAAAGAUGCCCAAGUCUUGAUUUCUCACAUUAGGUAGCCCACUAUGAGUUUUUAAAAGGCCUUUUAUUGCCUCAGUUGUGAAAUGUUUUUUUUAUCUUUAGUCAGUUUAGAGCUGGAUCUUAACUUAAUAUAACAGGAAAAAUAAUUUAUUAUUAUUAUAUGUUCAUUUAUUUCUCAUUUAAUAUCUUUAACAUAUAUACUCACGUAACCAUACCAGCCAGUUCUCAUUCCCAACUUGUCUAAUAUGGCAGCUUGAUCAUCCCACACUUCGAGGUAUGACACUUUAGGUGUCCCUUUAUGGAUGCACCUGUCUAGUGUAAUGUCUUGAUGUGCGUUUGAAGUCAGGUGACUUACUAUAAAGAGCGGAAAAGUCUGCAUUUGGAGGUGGUUUGGGUGGAUUGAUCGGUCAAACAAACUUUCAACAUGCUUAUUUUAAUCCAAACAUUAACUUUUCCUCAAACUAACCGAGUAGUUUUGUGCCUAAACCAAACAAAUAUGUUUUGCCAAACCAAACUGUGCCUGUUUACACUCACAUAAAAUGUAACUUUUUCUCAGUAUGCUGUAUUUUAAAAAGUAUAACUGGAUCGGUUGCAUAUUUAUUAUUGCUAACUCGACGGCACGAAGCCCUUCAUAUGUAGAAAAGAUGCUAGGGGGCUACCUAUAGUGUCAUAGGUUGAAGCAUAGUGCCACUGAGCAAGCUGCUGUAUGUGACGAAUUGGGAGUGAAAAUGUGUUGCCUAUGCACAUGUAUGCUGUUGUUGUAUAUACAGUAUCUGAUAUAUAGUUUGUACACCGUUUUCAUAUCCAGUUGUUUAUUCUGUAUAUAAUGUCUUACUAUUAGCAUUGCUUGUACUUACAGCUGCACUACAUAUUUUAUACUUAUACCUGCACUGCCUCCAGUAACUUCAGUGCAUGCAUGUUCUAAUCUACCUGUAUUGUUUAUUCUAUAAGUUAUAUACUGUAUGUUAAGUGAAAGCAGCUGCGAAAACUUGUCUGGCCACCCCAGCUGUAACCCCAGUUUGGUAUUA